AUGAAGGUUCUGAAGAUGAGUCAGAAUCUGAAGGUUCUGAGGAAAGAAUUUGAGGGUUCUGAAGCUGAGUCAAAGUCAGAAGAUGACUCUGAAGCUGAAGGAGAAGUUGCCUCUAAAGAGGAUUUUGUCUCUGAAGAUUCUGAUGAUGAUCCAGAAUCUGGAGGUAAUCCAAUCUCUGGAAAUGGAGGUUCUAAAGGAAGAACUUCUGAAGAUAUUGAUUAUGAUUCUGAAGAUGAGUCAGAGCUUGGAAAUGAUUCUAAGAGUGAGUCAGAAUCAGAAGGUGAGAUUGAUUUUGAGGAAGAAUCUGAUUCUGAUCCAAAUUUUGAUGGUGAUUCAGAUUCUGGUGGUAGUCCAGAUUCUGGGAAUAUUCCAGAUUCUAAAGGUGGUCAUGCUUCUGAAGUCAGUAUUUUUGGAGUUCCAACAUCUGAUACUGUUUCAGAAUCAGAAGGUUCUGAACAAGUUCAGAUGCCACAAAGAAUCAGAAACAUUUCGAGAAGGUUUGUAGAGUUUGACAUGCUACAAGAUACUGAAAUAUAUUUUAAAGGGGAAGUUAUUCAGUGUGCCAUGUUAGUAGACUCUGAACCCGAAAGUACAGAAGAAGCUCUCAAGCAGAAAGUCUAG